UAUUAUUAAAAACAAUCUAUAUUAUUGUGGAUCUCAAAUUUGGUCCUAAAAAAUAGAGGAGAUGAAAAAAUUAAAAAAUGCUCAAGAUGCAAAUGAAAAGUUUAAUUUUAUAUUUAUAAAUACGUAGAUAUUUUUACUUUUUGUGUUAAAAAAUUUAACAUAAUAAUUGCAAGUUAUUUUAAUUGAGGGACCACAUUAUCACUCCUGUUUUUUUCUGAUCCGAUUACGCAUUGUCGUCAUAUUUUAUAAAUAAUAUCUUAAGUAUUAGAUUUUAUAAUUUUGUGUCUAGAAUUGAUUAAACAAAACUCUGUUCUUCUUCUUCUGGAUGGUUGAUAUUAAUGACAUUUUCCACUUCUGCGGCAUCGCUAUUCCAUUUAUGCAUUUCUGAAAUAAACUUGUCAGGUGUUGCUAAAGCUCUCUUGUUUCAUGUUUUAUUAUUUCUGCAGGGAUAUUGCCGGGACUUAAUGUUUUUCCGCUUUUUAAUCAUUUGCAGAUUUUUAUGACUUUGUUUAUACUUAGUUAUUUUGGUUGAGGAUGCUAUUACUUGGACAUUCUGUUGCUGUUGCUACUUCUGAAAUUCUGGUCUAUUUUCUUUUAGUAGUUUUGAAAAGUAACUCACCGCUGAAGCGAAAUUGGCGCAUUAUAUCCUUUUUCUUAUCCAGUCGUAGUGAUUUUAUAAUUAUCCAGUUUUUUUUACUUUUCUGUACUUUACUUUCUUUUGUACUUUACCUCUCUCCCAGGAAGGAAUUAAUCCUGUUACAUUUUGUUUCCUAUGCUUCGUUUUUUUUUCUUGCAAUCUUUCUUCUAACUCUUGCUUGGGCUUUGUAUUUUGUUUUAUCUUUAUUGAUUUUUGAGUUAAAAAAUACUCUGUACUUAUUUCUUUUUUCUGUAAUGUCCUCGAUUUUUUCAUCCAAUUAAUAGGGUUUUACUUAUUGUUUUUUCUCUUGGUGUCCCAGUGCUUCUUCCAUUGCUUCAUGAAUGUGAAAUGAAUAAUAAUUUUAUAAAAAAUUUAAAAGAAUUAAAAAUUUUUUAGGAAUAAACUACGAAUUUUUUAUAAAUCUUGAAUAAAUUUUGUAUAAAUUCUGCAUAAAUUUUGCAUGAAGUUUGUAUUUUUUUUUAAAUUUUGUAUAUUAACUUUUACUAUGUAUAAUGUUAACAUAUCAUGUUAACAAAUCAGAUAAUCUGCGAUUUAUGAAAUUUUUUUUAAGACAGAUAUUAGUUGUCUCAAAAAAUGAUCAAUAAAAUAAAUUUUUUGUUCACGAUAGUUACUCGGCAUUCGUACACAGGCAAAGUUCGGACUGCGACGUGACGUAAGCUGGACGGUCCAUAAUCAUUUAGGUCGCUUACUGCUGUCAGCUGAAAGGCACGAUGUGGCGACUUUUGUCGAUGCUGUUCAGACAGGAUGAACUUCCGACGAUUUGUCGCUACUACACAAUAUCUACGUAGAAAGGGAAUGUCGCCAGCGAUUUCUCGCUGCAUGAAUUCGCACAUGGAUUCGAGUGACUCGAUAUUCCGGAAAAGGAAUGUAGCAGUAGCAACAGCAGCAGGAGCAGCGACAGCAAUCAAGGCGAAAUGGACAAGGACGAGGAUGGGAAAGAAGAAGGAAAAGGAAGAGGAGAGCACCAGCGAGACCAGCGGAACCUUGUUUAUCAGGUCUUGUAUAUCAGAUGUAUCCGAAAUCUCGGGGGAUCUUCGGAAACACAGGCGCGACAUAAAACUCCACGGCAGCCGAUUUACUUUGAAUAAACUUAGCAUAUCUCGGGAUGUAAUCGUCGUGUUUCUCCCUCUCUGUUCCUUGCGGACGGAGCCGUUUCUCAGUUAUUUUGACAUUCAAAUGCCUGCGUCUUAUUUAUAGGCGUCUGCCGGGCGAUUUAAAAUUUUUUCAGAAAGAAGAAUUCAUUUUCCCUCAAGCGUCUCAAAGAUGAGAAACGCGCUUUAAACGCCCGCCCAUCGGAGCCGCCUCUAAGAGACGACGCGAGGAAGUAAUUUCUUUGCAAAAAAAGUCACUCGACAGUUGCGUAUAUCAUGGAAUUAAUCCGAGCACUAUCAAUGAUCGCCUUAUAUAGAAACCCGGGAAGCAGGAUCCGAUCGCGCUUCUAAUUCGAGAGGAGGAUAAAACGGACGACGCAGAUCCAGAUAACGGUACCUAAGUCUCCUGCUGCAAGUUUGUAGCAAAUCAUCCCAGUCGGAUAGAAGGCGGAGGAUCAUCUCGAUCGACUACGCUUCACAGACUCGUUUCUGGUCGGUUCCGCUUCCGGCCGAUCCGACAAUAACCAGGAGUUGCCGCAUGCGCGGUAGAGAGAAUCGGGAUGAUGCUUGUCAGGCGAGUUCGACAGUUUGACCCCGGAGAAUCGAGCAUAGUUUGUUAGACCGGCACGUACGCGCGAGUUCGUACGGGGAGCACGAGCCUCCCGUACGCUGGACUAGGAAAAAGGAACGAGGGAAAGAGAAGGAGCCUACGGAGGAGCCACGAGCGCGUCUCAGUUUUCAAAUACAACGUUCUGCGAUGUGAAGUGGUACAGCUCGAUAAUUGCUCGAUAUAAUAUAACGGCGUGAGAAGUGGAACUAAUUAAAAACCAAACACGAAAUAUCGCGAAGCUGCACGUACUCGUCUCUCGGGUCUGUAUACCCGGUGUCGCCGGAGAGAUGCACACCACGCGAAGAGCAUUACGAAGAUUCGCGAGGUCGUUGAACUUCCGUGACUUCAACGUCUCGUUCGUCCAGCGUGGAGCACUUGGACUCGAUCCGCGGCCUUUAACAUCGAAUAAAAAUAAUACUGCUGUUCCUUUUUUAUGGAACAUCGCCGAUCAAGACUCGACAAGGAACUCCGCGUUAUCACGAACGUUCGCGCGAGAUUUCAGCACUGCGACGGCGAAGAAACCACCCGAGCCGCAGGGUCUGCCCGUGUUCGGCACGAUGUUAGCCCUGAUAUCGGCCGGUGGCGCGGAAAAGCUGCACGAAUACGUGGACAAGAGACAUCGAGAACUUGGACCGGUCUACAGGGAACAGAUUGGACCGGUGCGAGCUGUUUUCGUUAAUUCGCCUGACGAAUAUCGUAAGAUAUUGAUUGACCUCGCGGGUCCCACGCCGUUGCAUUUUCUGCCAGAAUCCUGGCAGCUGUACAACGAGCUCCGAGCGAAGAACCGAGGUCUGCUUUUCAUGGACGGGCAAGAAUGGUGGCGUCACCGCCAAAUCCUAAAUAAAGUGAUGUUAAAGCCUGAUCCAAUGAAAUUCUUGUGCGCACCUUGCCAGGAAGCCGCCAAGAAUCUGGCAGAGAAAUGGAAGACGUACAGUCGAGCCGGAUGUACAGUACCAGAUUUGCAAUAUCAGUUGUAUCAAUGGUCUAUCGAGGUGAUGCUGGCGACUAUGAUAGGUUCGCGAUGGCGAGAUUGCAAGCCACAACUACGUUCCGACAUAGAAUACGUGGCGAUGAUGGUGCAUCAAAUUUUUAAAUGUUCCGCAACUCUCUCGAUGAUACCGGCUAAAUUGGCGAUGAAGCUCAGAUUACCGGUGUGGACUCAAUUCGUUAAGACUGUUGAUACAGUACUGGACAGGGUGCACAACUUAGUGCCGGAAAUGAUCCAGAUGUCGGAUGGGGAUGGACUUAUGCAGAUAAUUAUAAAUCACGGUAUUAGCAGUGAUAUGACUAGCAGAAUAAUCACCGAUUUCAUCAUAGCCGCCGGCGAUACAACAUCGGUUACCAUGCAAUGGGUAUUGCUAUUGCUCAGUAGUCAUCCCGAGUUACAGAAUCAAUUAUUCCAUAACAUCAAAGACUUGUCAGUGAAGGAAACUCUGCAACACCAACUGUUGAGGAGUAUCUGGAGGGAAGCUCUAAGGCUGCAUCCUGUCGCACCAUUCCUUACGAGAUAUUUGCCGACAGACGCCAUAAUUGGCGAUUAUUUGGUGCCGAAAGGGGAAUUAAUUAUCAUAUCGCUUUACUCGAGUAGUCGUGACGAAAAGUAUUUUCUACGACCUAACGAAUUCUGGCCAGAAAGGUGGAUCAAAAUAGAGAAAUUAUCAGGGACUUCAUCGCACUAUCAAGGAGUGAAAGACGCGCGUGCCAGUAUACCAUUCGCGGUAGGCUUAAGAAACUGCAUCGGUCGCAGACUCGCAGAAACACAACUAUCUCUUACGUUGGCAGAGCUCAUUAAAAACUUCAAGAUUGAGUGCGAAAAUCGGGAUAGCAUUGAGAUGAUUUUGCAUAUGGUCUCUGUGCCAUCAAAGCCAAUCAAACUGAAGCUGUCUAAUAGAGAAACAUGACAAAGACAUUAUAUAAUUACGGAUAGAUAAUUUACAACAAUUUUAUUAAUGACGCGAUGCAAGAAAUUAAAAUCAGUUUGUAUAUAUAUAUAUAAAUAUAAUUCAUUAUAUUUGUUGAAUGCGUAUAUGAUACGCACACAUAGGGUGUUUCAUGAAGAUAGAAUGUUCCACAUAUAUUCAACAAAAUUAUCGCGUAGGCAAACUUAUGUCAAGAUUUUUCAUAAUUUUAAAUAAGCAUAAGGUUGCAAAAAAUCAUCACAUUUUAAUUUUUCGAAAAACAUUUAAAAAUAUAAUUUUUUAAAAAUGUUUUUGGCGAUUUUAAUGAUUUUUCUUAGCAAAAAUUAAAAUGAAAAAGCUAAAGAAAAUUUGCAUGUUUUGAUGAAAUGGUCUGUAUAUCGUUUAUGAGACAUCUUAUAUAUCACUAUGUUAUGCAUCUGGGAAAGCGAAUGUGUAAGAAAAUGUGUGUUCUCAUGACUUUUUUCUAUAAUAUAUAUAAUAAUAUCUUCAAGAUAUUUCAUGAACAGAAUUUAUUGUAUAUUUUUAAAUACGAAAAACAUUAAUACAUGAUUUGGAAGAUGAUGAUUUUAUAAGUAUUUUUAUAUUAUAUACAAAUAUUUAGAAUGCUUGGAACAUCUCAAGAUAUGUACAAAAUUAAUAUAUCAUAUAUAACAAGAUAUAAAUAAGGUAAGUUUUUAAUUUAAAAACUCCUAUUUAAUUACAAGCUCAUAUACAUAUGUCUCUGAAGAAGAUUCGUCUCUAUCAAUAUUGUGUUAAAAAUGUAUAUCUAAUAAAAUAUAUGUUUAAAAAA